GAAUUACUAUAAGUUGACGCGAAAUACCAAAAGUUGACGCGAAUUAACCAUUACCUAAGUUGUAAAUUACGGCAAGAGGGAGAGAGAGAGGCAUGGCAGUUUCUGCUGAAUUGUUGGCUGAAAAGCUAAAAAAAGAACUUGAAGCUGAAUAUGUGAAUGUUGAUGAUAUGUCAGAUGGCUGCGGAGGGAAGUUCAGUGCAUACAUUGUUUCUAAAAAGUUUGAAGGCAAACCACUUUUACAACAACAUAGAAUGGUAAAUAGUUGUAUUGCCAAUGAAAUGGAAUCAAUCCAUGCAUUCACCAUGAAGACACUCACACCAGAACAGUUCUCAAAACAGUCUGCAAAGUCACAAGAUACUGGAGAGAAAGACGCAAUGAAAUGUGUUGGAGGUGGACAUUAGGCAAUUUUAACAAAUUUGCUGUACUUUUACACAUAGAACGGUAUAUUUCAAAAGGAGGUGAAGUAGGACUUGCAAGUGUGCUGGACAUUUGGGGGUGCCAUCCAGAUGUGAGUGUGCAUUUUUUAGAGAACUGUCAAGGCUGCCACUUUCCGUCUGUGUUGUAGACCAAUAGCAUGACUGUCUCUGGCAGUAUUUUUCUUCUAUAUGAUUGUAACACUGAUUCUGAUCUACAUGGGCCAAAGUACUGAUAGAGAAAUAUGAAAACUACUGAAACAAAUGUUCAAAAAUGUUAUGUACUAUAUAUAAAAGGAAGGCAGCAGCUAAAAAGGAAUUAGGCAGCGAUAAGAAACAAGUUUUUUUUAAUUGGCCUUAAUUGAUAUACUCUUCACUUUAAUUACUUUGUAUAAUUAAGUCACUGAGCUACUGGUGAGAAAUAAACCUUAUUUUUUUAGCUCAACAUGAAUAAAAUUUGAUAUUGUAUAAUCAUGAAAUAAUUAAGUCCUGCUGUGACGGGAAAUGAACCCAGAACCCAGGAUCAGAAGGCAAGCACCUUAACCACUGAGCUAUUCACCUAAUUCAACUAUUAGUAUGAUUUUUGCAUAGGCCCUUAAAUUGAGCUGGUAAUCAAUUUAAGGAUUUUUUUUUACAGUAAACAUUUAUUAAGUUAGCAAAAUCUGAAUUGUUUUGAUCUCUGUCAAAUUAGAACAGUGGUGUAUCUAGGAGUCUUGAAAUGGUGGGCUGAUGGUUAGUGGGGAGGGGCACACGUGAAGGUGGAGUGGAGAGUGGGCUUGAAGAUUUAGUAAGGGGGAGCUAGGUCCUAAAAUAAGGUAAUAUGAGGUGAUUUUUAACUACUUGAGCGUGAUGUUUUUGCUUUGGACAUGGUGUGUGCCCCUCCCUAUUCUCCCUAGAUAUGCCACUGCAUUAGAAAUUGAUGACUUUUAAUAAGCAAUAGCAAUUUAAUUGUUGCAUUGAAUUGCUCCUUUAAAAAUAUUUUAUCUAUCAAACUACAAUUACUAGGAAUUGUUCUGAUGGUUUUUAAUGCUAAGCCCACCAAAACAUUUUUUGCUAUACUUAAACAUCAUUAUUUCCCUGUUUUUGAAUUUCCGCAAAUAUUAUUCUUGAUUGAAGGAACUCAAUCGAAACGUCAAGAUAUUUUCAACCAACCACAGCAGUUCUUUUCAGAACUAUCUAUGUGGUGUACUGCAAGCAUUAAUAUAUAACAUCAUUAUUAUUAUUUACUGUGAAUAUGAAGGUUGUAUGCUGUGAAUGUUUACAAAAUUAUCCUUCCAAUCUCCAGGAGGUUAAAUAAUAUUUUGAUGCACUUCGAUUGUGAUAGGCCUAUAAAUCCUAACAUUACCUUUUCGAUACCUUUGUAGGCAUAACAAAAUGCCAAUUCUGUAAUUCUCUGAGUGUUUGAUAGGAUGAUACAAAGAGCUGAUAUUGUGUGAUAAUCCAUUACAGUAUUAAAAUUUAUUAUUGAUAA